AUGUCGACACCGAGGACCACGAAUGAGCGCCGCAGGCGUGCAGCAAUGAGUUGCGAUAGAUGUAAAAAUCGGAAAACAAAGCGUCCGUAUUACAGAGUCUCCGAGGAGGAAUUCCGAUGCAUGACGCAGAUUAUCGAGCAUUUGAUGCCAAACACGGAACUGAACCUUCAGACACUAAAGGCCUACGUCUCUGACUUGGGCAACAACGUCACCGAGAACCCGCCUACGCCAUCGACGACUGAUGUUGUUGUGUCUCCGUCUUGUGCCAUCCCUAGUCCUAGUUCUCCGGUGGAAGAACCUUCGGCCAACGAGGGCGCCAUCAUUGCUGAAGAAAUCAAUGGUGUUUACAGUGAUGUAGGGCGGUUGAGGGUGGACUCUAGAGGUGUUCAGAGAUAUGUUGGUGAGAGUUCAUCAUAUCUCUUUCACUCAGCAGUUCGAUCUCUUAAACGUCCCCGGUUGCCGGAUACACCGAAAAGCCAGAUCCUCGCACCACUCACGGCUACUGAAAUCGUUCCACCACCAACCCCAGAAUCUUCACUGGGUGUCAAAUAUACCCCUCGACAGAUCAACCUUCCCUAUAGGGAGCUCUGUAAUCGUUGCAUCGACCGCUUCUUUCGCGACGUCCAUUCGGUCUAUUGGUUUUUCUCGGCUGAGCAACUGCAUGCUACUCUUGACCGGAUCUAUGCUGGCGACGCCACAGCUGCAACUCCUGCUACCUUGUGCAGCCUUUAUUCCAUAUUGGCGUUGACUUGUGAAAGUGAGACUCACGGCGAAUGGUCGAAUACCUCUAUGCGACCUUCUGUUACGUAUCUUACGUUGGCGAAGGCUCUUGUGCCUACACUGUGUGAUGACGCGGACAUUGAUAGUCUACGUGCGCUGUGUCUCCUGGGAUUGUCAUUAUCUUGUUCCAUGUUUGGAAACACAGCAUACAUAUACGUCGGUUCUGCCGCGAGGAUUGCAUUCACCCUCGGCUUACAUGCUCGGGACACUGUUGAGUCCAGUCAUGACCUCCAAGAGCAAGUCAGCGUGCGGCUGUUUUGCAGCUUGUAUCUUCUAGAUCUUGAUACAGCUCUUUGCUACGGAAACCCACCUGCAAUUUAUGAAGGGAUUCUUUCCAGCGUUCCGAGAACUCCCUCAGAGCAUACCCUGGGCCCCGGCUCAAAUAUGCCACUGGAUUAUCUUGAAACCUCGUGCAGGCUGGCUCACCUAAGACAUGGCCUAAGCAAAUUGAUGUACCAGAAGCCUACUUCGAAUUCACCUCGACUCUCAAUCUCAUCCGUUUCAGCGGCCAUCCGUGGUCUUCGGGAGUUCUAUUCAGCAAUGCCUUCUCAUCUUCGAUACUAUGACAAAGUUGCAACCUUUCACGAGCGCUCAGUAGCUGUGCUUCAUCUGCGAUACUGGAGUGCCAUUAUUUUCGCAACACGUCCCUUCCUACUCUACAAGGUACUGCAUGCACAGAAACUCGGUGAAAGUCCAAAACAGAAGUGGUUCAAUGAAUUCGGAAACAUGUGUGUAGACGCUGCACAAAAUUCUCUCUCGAUUAUUUCUUUUCUGAGAGAACGAGGGCUAUUAACCAGUCUGGUUGUCUUCGACUGCGGAUGCAUUCUUGAAGACAUGCAAGUUUUCCUUCUUGCACUGGUCGCUUCAGACCCCCCUACGCACAAGCUCAAUGCUGAGGCUUGUUUACACACUCUCCAGGGAAUGGAGCAGAUCUUCUGGACGAAGCAUGCACUGCCGGAGGUAACCGCUCAAUUGGAAGAAUACGGUAUCUUGAACAGCGAGAACAGGAUUGACAGUUCAAAUUCUCAACAACCCGAUCUCGUGUUCUUGGACUUUGCGCAGAACGGUGAAUCGUAA